UUUUUACACGGCUUCAUAACCCAUCAGGAUGGUACAGCAGCAAGCGAAUGUGUUCAUCGACGUACUACGGUUGAGAAUUACUAUGAGCGAUCAUGGAGCCCUCUAUUAUAGUUUCAGCAAUCUUCUUGUUUUUUGGAGCGAAGGAAUGAAGCAAUCACGUCUGUGCCAGUCUAGAGAUUCAUGCCAUCAAGAUUCUGUCUUAGCGUGUUUCUGGUGUCUCAGUUCGUUUUCUUGGAGAGAUAGUUGAGAGUGGUUUAGUUAAACGCGGCGCUAGAGAGAAAUGAUUUCGCACUCUGCCUACUCAGAAUGAAUUGGGCGUAGUUCUUGCCUUAUAUAAGUUUACGGAAAUCGAUCCAUGCUUUUGUUAACUCUAACUAUCUUCUUCAGGUUUUGCUUUUUCUAAUGCUCUUUCAAUUUUCUUACUGGGUUCACCCUGUAGGUAAAGAUAAUUUCCCAUGAUUAGCUAGAAAUCUCCUGUUUUUUAGUAGAAUUCGUACUUUAUGACCCUUUCGUUCUUGCUCGUCGAAAACUUUCGACCUCUGCCCUCACUCGUGAAUCCUUGGAAUUAACAGAACUCUAGUCGCUUCGUUAAGUUCUUGCAUGAUUACAUUUCUUCAUAUUCGUGACUAAGAAUCUCGCAAAAAAUAACGAUCCCAAAAAAACGGCAGCGACGUAAUAGACAAAGUGUUCUUGUUGCUCGUUGCUCGUUCACAGAAGUCUUCAUUCAGCGAUCUUUUUCUUCGCCCACUGAUACUGAAUCAUCUAAAAAUACCCAUAUUGAAUUUCAAUUCCAAUAGGCAAUUCCUUCAUCAAUGUCAAUCUAUGAAUGUCCUCUGCGCUUUCUUAGAUGAAUAAGAAUCACGAGAUUUCCUGAGAACUUGUUUCUAGUUUUGAGCAUGAAGAUUUCGUAGAACCCUUGUUUUCAUCCAUCACAGCGACAAACGUGUAAGAACCAGAGCUUAAUGAGAACUCUUCAUCUAACCUGAACUUUCAUGCUGUUCUAUCUAUGACUACUUCGAUGUUCAUUUUCUUGUGAAGUUUUUAACCGGACGAGCGGCCGCGACAAGCAGAACCUAGACAGAGUUACUUCGCUUCUGCAGAAUAUCUGUUAUAGGGUACAAAGAGAUUUAUAGCGUCAACAAUAUAAUAUCGAAACUACUACUUGAUAAACUCUUCAACCUCAAGAACGACUUCGUUCGAUACUUCUUCUAUAUAUCCUCGACUUCAUAGAUAAUUUUUAGAGGGAAUAGAUACAGUCAACAUCAUGUCCGGUGAGGUGACAGAUCCGAAGGAAGUCGCUACCGCGGCAGAGUUAGUCACAACUGCUGCGGGCAGUAGCGCUGCUAGCUCAUCCUCUUCGACGAAGUGGGCAGCAACCUCCUCAACAAGUGCUGAUGGCACAACUCCUGCAACGUCAUCAGGAGGAGCAGACAUGACGGGCACAGUUGCGGCAGUGGCGACAGGUCCGCAAGUUACCUUUACGGUGAAAGUGUCAGGGAGUGGACCAGUGACAGUGGAGGGACCAGCAAGCGACACUCUAAAAGCCUCAGACUUGAAAAGGAUAAUAGCGGAAAAAACCAAGAUGCCGCCAGAACAACAGAAGCUCGUUUUUAAAGGUGCUAUUUUUUCUUGAGUCUUUCAUUCUAGUUCGACAGCUACACGGAUGAAGCAAGAUCAAAAUUUUAUUGAAAGAAAGAUUGCGAUUUCGUCUAUGUGGAUAUAUAGAUGGUCAUGUUAAAAGAUUUACUUUUAUUGCGCUUAGCUUCCUGACGACAACCUGCCUAGGCUUAUGUCACAUUCAUUUUUAUCAUCAAGAUAAUUAUUUUCUGAUCAGACUAAAAAAUUGUCUUAAAUGAUGUAGUUUCAACACUACUUUAAAAACCACUCUACUAGGUAAAGUUCUUUCUGACGAUGACGUGCUGGCUGAUAAGAAAGUGGUAAGUGGCUCAACAGUCUUCUUAGUCAAGGGCGUAGUUAGUACCGCAGCGGCAAGUUCAUCCAGCACAGAAGCAGCAAGUAAACCGCAAGAGGCAGAGAAGGCAGUAGAACGGACAAAAUGCUUAGGAAAUUGUGGAUUUUGGGUACUUCGACUUGUACUUAGAAACUACUUUCUUACCCAACAUCCAACAACUAAGAAAUUCAAAUUCAUUCUCCUGACUAAGUAAAUGUAAACCUCUCUCUAGUAUUGUUCAAGAACUCCAUGACAAUUCACAAUCACAACAGGGAAAUCUUAGGCAGCUCGCCGAAUUUGAAUCAAAUAAACAACAGGGCAAUCCCAAGACCGAGAGCUAUUGUUCGAAAUGCUUCAAAGAGAAGCAAGAAAAGGACCAAGCGGAGCUACUGAAGAAGCAAGAGGAAGCUGAGAAGAAGGAAGAGGAGGCAAAAGUAAAGGAGGGUGAAGGCGACAAAGAAGAGGAGAAGGAGCGGCCAGUGCAGGAGAACAAAACACGGUGUUGGAUAUGCUCCAAAAAAGUCGGACUUACAGGUAAUAUGCCCAUAAUCUUAUUCAAACCCUCUCAUUUUGAUAGGAUACAUUAUGCUUUCUAGGUCUUUUGUAAGGAGAUUCAUUUUCAUUGUUUUUUGCAUUUAUGAAUAGAUCGAUGGCACCAAUUUCAAAUCUUGUUACUACAAGUUUUUUUUCCUGACCACACAUGACUUACUACAAGUUUCUCUUCCUCCACCAGGCACUCUCCUAGAUACAUACUUACUAAUACUGUCCUACUACAGGAAUCGCAUGCCGUUGUAGCUACGUGUUUUGUGCAGCGCACCGGCUACCAGAGGAGCAUAGUUGCGAUUUUGACUACAAGUCAGCGGGUCGACAAAUCCUCACCAAGCUAAAUAACAAGGUACCAAUCCUAUGUUCUUCAUUGUUUUAUUUAUUCGGAUUUAGAAAACAAGGGCUUGGUAGUUCUAAAGAAAGUGACAAGUAGAACCACAGGAAAGUUUAAGUUGUCCCACCCUUUUUACCUCUGUAACAAUCAAUCAGGUUGAAGCCGAUAAAUUGGGAGACCGUGCGUGAGGCUUCAUCGUGUAUGAUGUUUUGGAGAACUACUAGGGAAUCCCGAGACCCUAAAUUUUUGAUGUCUUGACUUUGAGCUAGAUUUUUCCCAACCUUGUUUUGAUCACAUACUUCUACUAUGCUCUUCAAGAUGAAUCUAUCAUAGUGAUGUACAUGUAGAACUAUAAGUGGAGCCAACAUAUUUUAAAAGGAUGGUGAAGUCGUUCAUCUGUUUGGCGCUUAUAUCUUCUUACUGAGAAAAACCGGGCAGACGCAGAGCGAGGUACACAAAUGAUGAGCUUUGGUUUUACUUUGUGGAGUCAAAACAAAUAAGUGCGUUCCUGUCCACUAGAUUCUCUGCGCAUCAAGACGUGGUGCGUGCAGCUAUAGAAGACGUUUAGCUUCAUCCAGUUAUAAUGAUAUUCAAAACUACUCAUGUUCUUCUUUCCUCCAGGUUCUCCCCUCCUCUCUUAGCACUGAUACUAAUACUUAUAACGAUCUCCUUCUCCACCAUCUUGAUUCUCUGUGUACUUCUGAAUUAAUCUGUAUAUACAUGUUUUGUUUUUUCAUCUGGGAAGUAAGAGAUCGAUUCAUGAUCCAUACUUGGUUCUCAAAAAUAUUGGGUAUCGGUAUGAUUGAAGCGGAAAUAGAAAACCAUUUAGCAAUACAACUAGCAGGGGACUGUAAUUAGGUGACAUUGGCAUUGCUUGAAAAGGGAAGGCGUUGAACUCAAGGGCAUGUACACAAACUUCUUAGCACAAACUCACUGCGCGCCUAGAAAAUAACAAAUCGGGUGAAAAUGAAAGAAA